UCACAGAGAAAGCUACAAGCAUUUCGUGAGGAAAGCGCACAAAAACUACUUGCUUGUCAAGAAGAAAUAAAAAAGAUGAAAUACGACCAGAUGAUGAUGAAAGAUAUUGAAGAAAAUUUUUACCAGGGAGUGAAAGAACCAGUCGAGGAGUUAAAGGAGAAAGAAAGUGAAAUGCAAAGCUUGGAAGAGCUAAACAAUGUUCUUUUAAGAAAGGAAAGAGAAGCAAUUGAUGAGCUGCAAGCAGCUCGUAAAGCUGCAGUUGAGUAUUUUGAGAAGAAAUCAAAUAAUCGUUCAUCUAUAGGCGUGAAGAGAAUGGGGGUCCUUGAUGAGCAACCAUUUACUCGUGCUGUAAAAGCAAAGCUUCCAAAUGAAGAAUGGGAUUUGAGGGCAUCAGAGUUAUGCUCCUUAUGGGAAGAACGCACAAGAAACCCAUCUUGGCAUCCUUUCAAGACAGUUACUAUUGCAAGCAUGGACAGAGAGGUCAUCGAUGAAAAUGAUGACAAGUUGAGAGAACUCAGAGACGAAUAUGGGGAUUAAGUUUUCAAGGCUGUGGAGACGGCAAUGCUUCAACUCAAUGAAUACAAUCCAAGUGGAAAAUACCCUGUUCCUAUUCUCUGGAGUUUCAAAGAAGGAAGGCAGGCCAAAUUGGAAGAAGUAAUUCAUCAUUUGGUGAAUCAAAUCAAGAACAAAAAGAGUAAGACAUGGCAUAGGUAGUAGUGUUUGUGCAGGGUACGGACAGUUAGAUAUGUCAGGUUUUAUUUAUUGGCCUAGAUUUUGGCCCUACACCUUGGAGAUGCUCAUUAUUUUUGUUGAACUAUACAUUUAU